AUGGCGAACGGCUGGAGCAUCAUCAUCGGUUUCGUGGUAGUUGCGCUUGCCUGCGUCGCAGGAUGGUUCCUCGCACCUAAGGGCGAGACUCAAACGUACGAUCUCCUGCCAAAAUGCCUCACUUUCGAUAGACGCUGGGGUAUUUGGAAGGAUGUGGAGCUUUGGCUAAUAGGUUGGCAGAAUCUGGCGAAGUUCUCUGAUUCUCUCGUUCGCAAGCUGCUACAUUAUGUGGGCAAUUACAUUCCUGGCACAAUGGCAUCCACUCAUCGAACCGCGAGCCUCGGGCCUGAGAAAUCAUACUGUGAAGGGUUGAUGGGAGGAACAUGA